GUGUAGAAGGGGCCUGUCAUAAUCACACAUGCCAUGCAACUAUCAGCUCCCCAGUUCUGAUGUGUAGCACAUGGCUGAUGGCCAAAAGGGAGGACAGGAUGUGCAAGGACACAUGAACCGGCCAUGAAAGUCAAUUGCCCUGAGGUGUGAGAAGGUGGAUUCUGGUCUGUGGGAAAGGGCAGGCACCAGGUACCAGAAGUGAUUGAUGACACUGUAGCUAAGGCCCUAUAUAGAUGGGCAGUAAUGCUAGACUCUUGUAUUUUGAAAAAAAAAAGAUGUAUGGUAUCUUCAGCCCCUGUGUGUCUUGGUGUAUUCUUCGAAGAGAAAGCUAAAUCCAUAGCAACACUGUUGGAGCAAAGAACUCUUACAAGGGCCUCAUGUAAUCCAGUUCAAAGAACAUAGAGUGGAUUAUCUGAUUUGAUAAUCUGGAUUAUGUUGCAGUGUAGAAGAGCUCAAUGUGUCACUCAGCAAGUUUCCGCACCUCUCCUUUGAGAGUCAGAAUGCGUCAGAUCCUUCAUUGCCCAGAAUAGUUUUGCUGGAGGAUACUGUGCCUGAACAUAGUAGUGACUGAAACAGCUAACACCUCCCAACAAAGGAUUCUCCCAGGCAGGAAGCAGCCAGGCUUUGAAGCUGCAAGGCUAUUAAAUGCUAAUGAAGGUGGCCAAUUGCAACAUUCAUACUUGCCUCCAACAGACAAGAGUUCUUUCUCCCACCCUGGACCUUCCGCAGAUAUAUAAACCCCACUUGCCUAGUUUCCAACAGACUUCACAACCUCUGAGGAUGCCUGCCAUAGAUGUGGGUGAAACAUCAGGAGAGAAUGCUUCUGGAACAUGGCCAUACAGCCAGGAAAACUCACAGCAACACAAUCUCUCUUUGUGCCUGAAAUAAGUUUGUGGUUGUGCUCAGUGGGAUUUGUCCUCCCCCUCCCCCAUUGCUCUAGCUAUCCAUCAUUCUUCUAGCACAUAAGUGUAUGCGGUGUGGCACGUCACAUAUAUGGUUGCCAGAUCUCAAGGCCUGGCCCCUCAUCUUCAGUCCUCAGGGCAGAGAUUCAGUUUGUAGUCGGUUGCUAAGUAGCAAACACAGCCUUGUUAUACAAAGCCAAAUAAUUCCUUCCAAUUGCUUAUAUAACAGGAUGCUUAGCAUGUGCAGGUGUGUUUGUAUAUUUGUAAACACUGCUAUGUGUAAAUCUCAAUAAGCACCAAACUCAAUCUUUCAAACUAACAACUUAUGCAAAACUCUUAUGUGUGUCACACACAGAAACAAACAUUGUUUGGCAUGUUGUACAGGCAGUACUCAAGUUCUGUAGGUUUCUUCUUAAGUUCAAUUACUAUGUAAGUAAGAACAGGUUCAUUUUAAAAGUGAAACUUCAGCCAAACAUAUAUCUUUUAGCUUUGGAUAGGAUAAAGAGGCAAAGGUUUUCCCCUGACAUUGCCUAGUUUGUCUAACUCUGGGGGUUGGUACUCAUCUCCAUUUCUAAGCUGAAGAGCCGGUGUUGUCCAUAGACACCUCCAAGGUCAUGUGGCUAGCAUGACUGCAUAGAGAGCUGUUACCUUCCCGCUGGAGCGGUACCUAUUGAUCUACUCACAUUUGCAUGUUUUCAAACUGCAAAUGGCAGAAGCUGGGGUUAAAGGCGGAAGCUCACCCCACUCCCUGGAUUCGAACCACCUGCCUUUCAGUCAGCAAGUUCAGCAGCUCAGUGGUUUAAUCUGCUGUGCCACUGGGGAUGCCUUGGAUAGCAUAGGGAAGGGUUAAUACCCCUGUGUUGCUUGUUUUGCUGUCCGUGCCCCUGUUGAGCAGCGGUUUCUAUUUCAUACCUUGAUACAUUUCAUUAUACAUUUCAUAAUUAGGGGGUCUGAUUUCUCAAUAUCAUGAUUUUGAUAUCAUGUUGGUAGAAGGUUUAGUUGAAGUUGCUAAAACGUAUGGGAGGCCAAACCAUUUCUAAUACACCUCUGGAGUCCUUACCCUUUGAAACGCUAAAUAUGUUUUUAACUUCAGUUCCCAGAGACUCCAGCCAGCAUGACCAAAGAUCAGGGAUUCCAUUAAAAUCUAAAGCAUCUAAAACUUGAGAGCCACUGCUCUAACUUAACACAGUAUCGAACUCACUUGGUUUAUAGAAAACACUAUAUACAACUCUCAUUUCUGUUCUGUGUAAAGGGUCAGCUGUGAACUGAUGGUUAGAAAGCAUUUCCAAAACUUGGCUUCCAACUGUGAAUGUUCUUCCCAUCUUAUCUUCAGUAAUAAUAUACCAUAAUAAUACUGUAACAUGAUAUCGCAAACUUGGGAGAACCGGCAUGGUGUUGUGGUCUGAGGGCUAGACUGGGAAUCUGGGAGUCCAGGAUUUAAAAUCUCCGCUCAUCCAUGAGGACCAAAUGAGUGAUCUUGGACAAGUCACACUCUUUAAGUCUCCGAGAAUAGCAAGGACAACCCUCCUCUGAAGAAAUGUUAUCAAGAAAAUAUAUUGUAAGUUCACCUAGUCCAAAACUAUUUAAAGGUACACAAACAAGAACAACAACUUCUUGAGUUGAUGUUCAGUUGGCAAACAUCCUCGUUUCCAUCCUCCAAGUGCCUGUGUCCAAACCUGUUAUCUAUGAAAUUCCAUGGAAGCAGCAAAUUAACAACUUGGGAUGGGCACCAUUAAAUGUGGGCUUGGAGUCACAAUCACCAACUAUGGCCAUAGUUUUUGGCCUUUGAAAGUUGGCAUCUCCUUGCCUGUGCUGUGUGGUUUUCCUGCAAGCCAAGACAGGUGUUUUCCUCGAUCACUGGGAUAACAAUUCACCUAGUCGUCAUCUCACCAUGCACGUGAGUCUCCUCCCUCUUUUUCCACGAAUCCCAGUCAAAUUUCCUUAUCUGGCAGCCACCACGCAAGCACAGUCUAUUGUUCACUGAGAUACCAUUAAAAUUGGCAGCCGAGCUGCAUAUUUUGCAAGAAACUGGCUUCCCUAUGACCCCCUGAGGGGAAGGGGGAGUCUGAACAAAUGUAACAUCAUCAAGUAUGAUAAAAGAAGAAACAUAAAUCAAUGAUCCAUCACAAGGGAGAGGCCUUGGAUGAAAGGUUGCAUUCCAUAGUUGGGUGACUAUGCUCCUUACGUGUCAAGACGUUGAUGAGUAUCAUUUGGGGACUCGUUUGGAACCCCAAGAAACCCCAUUAAUUAAUUAAUAAUGGCUCAUGACCUGCAUUUCAGAAACGCUGAAAUUACUAUCUUGAAAUGCUUCAAGACAAGCCUUUUAUUAGGCAAUCACCCAAUUCAGUUUACAAAAUAUUUAUUGGGGAACAGAUGGACCCAAACUCCCGCGUUUGAUUUUGUUUCUUCUUUUUGCGACAGAAAAUGUGUUCAGGAGGAAAAAAAUGGAAUAACUGCACAGUGUCUUUAAACUGGCAGGCAUCUUGAGACAUUCUCCAUCUGGCUUAGCAAUUCUGCUUAAAUGAAAGGCAGUAGUUUCUCACAUUCUUUGGUUUCAGAAGGUUCCUUGAUCUUCAGAGAUGUGCAUGUUCUUGAAUGGGCCUCAGACUUUCUUGAAGCUGGUCAGUGUGUUAUAAUAAUAAUAAUAAUAAUAAUAAUAAUAAUAAUAAUAAUAAUAAUAAUAAUAAUAAUACUUUAUUUUUAUACCCUGCCUCCAUCUCCCCGCAGGGACUUGGGGCGGCUUACAUGGGGCCAAGCCCGGGUAAAACAACAAACCAAAAUAAAAUGACAUCAGAAAAUACAGACACAAAAAUUAAAUUAACAGUUUAAACAUGAUAAAAUAUAAAAUGAUAAUCAAAGUAAAAACAUGGAUUUGGCACCCAAGUAGAGGGGAUAAGACAAACUGGGUAAAGUGCAACGAGUGAAUAUUGUAAACAAGGUAGUUGAUUAAGUGCUACCGUCAAUAGGAGAGCAACCGCGUGACUAUAGUAAACAGAUAGGGCAAGAUAAAGUGCAACAGAUGAGUAAAUGGUCGUAGAUACAAGGUCUAUCACGGGGAUGGGGAAUUCACUCUCCAAAAGCCUGUUGGAAGAGCCAAGCUUUUAGGUUUUCCUAAAUACUGUCAGGGUGGGGGCUUGCCUAGUCUCCCUGGGGAGCGAGUUCCAGAGCCGGGGGGCCACCACGGAGAAGGCCCUCUCCCUCAUCCCCACCAACUGCGCUUGUGACGGAGGUGGAAGCGAGAGGAGAGCCUCCCUGGACGAACGAAGAGAUCGUGAAGGUUCAUAGGAGGAGAUAUGGUCACGAAGAGCGACUUGAGAAACUGCAAGUUGUUUCUGGUGUGAGAGAAUUGGCUGUCUACAGAGACGUUGCCCAAAGGAUGCCCGGAGGUGUUACCAUCCUGCUGGGAGGCUUCUCUCAUGUCCACGCAAGCUGGAGCUGACAGACAGGAGCUCACCCUUUCUUGCGGAUUUGAACUGGCAAUCUCCAGAUCAGCAACCCAACUUUCAUGUCAACGGUUCAGCCAGCACAAGGGUUUAACCCACUGCGCCACUCACAAGCUGGUCAGCAAGAACAAUGUUAUCACAUCAAACUGUGAAAGCCUUUUGGGUUCCAAAGAAAUCAAGAUGACUAACUGUGCCUCCAACUUACACAUCCAGAAAAAUGCCAUAUUGUGUAAGACUUAUGGGGUGUGGAAGGGCGGGGUGACCCAGGCUGCCUCCUCCCGCCAUGGGCCACGGAUGCCUAUAAAACUCAAGACCUGCAGGGAGCAGAUAGUUACAAAAGGAAAAUCUGCAAGGAUGGCAGGACUGGAGAGAAGAUUUGUCAGCACUGGGUUGCUCGUGCUGCUGGUCCUUUUGGGGUUCCAUCAGAUAUCAUCUGCACCAGCACUGAGCUGUGGCCGCCAAAAGCUGGUUCCCCGGAUGGCAGGGGGGAUAAAUGCCAACCGCGGAGAGUGGCCCUGGCAAGUCAGCCUCCAGUACCGUGGCCAACACAUCUGUGGUGGAAGCCUCAUCAGCAACGAAUGGAUCCUGACAGCUGCACAUUGUUUUUUUGAGGUUGGAACGCCAAUCAACCCAGCUGAUUGGAAAGUGGUGCUGGGCCGUCUGAAACUGACAGGCAGGGAGACACGGGGUUUGGAAAGCAAUGUUAGCACCAUCAUCCCUCACGAGAACUACACUCACUUUGAGAAAGGCAAAGACAUUGCACUGGCGCGCCUGACAAAGCCUGUCAACUACAACAGGGAUAUAUCGCCUGUCUGCUUACCAAAAUCCAACCACCGCUUUGCCUUUGGAACACAGUGCUGGUUGAGUGGCUGGGGAGACGUCGCCACAAAUGUCAGCCUGCCAAACCCCAUGGCCCUCCAAGAGAUAGGGAUGGACUUGAUGACUGUCGACACUUGCAAUUGCAUUUACAGCAACCUGAGGAACAGGAGGAUUGUCAACCCAGCCUUGCCCGGCAUGGUUUGUGCCAUGACUCCUGACAGGCAGAGAGGUCCUUGCAAGGGUGAUUCAGGCGGUCCUCUGGUAUGCUUGGAGAAUGGCUAUUGGUUCCAGGCAGGGAUUAUGAGUUUCUCCAUGGGCUGUGGCCAGUUCUAUGGACCAACCUUCCUGACUGAGACAAAAUCCUAUGCCAGCUGGAUCCAGCAACAUGUCAACGGGGGCACCUUUGCCAAUCAGAUUAGGCCCUUGCCUAAUACCACAGACAGUUACAUGUGCAAAGGUUGUGGAGUGCUGAAAAAGAACAUGACUGGCAGAGGGCCCUGGCCCUGGUAUGUGAACCUACAGUACCAGGGGGAGCAUGUCUGUGGAGGCACUUUGAUAGCUGAGGACAGGAUUUUGACAGCUGCACAGUGUUUCAUUGGACGCCAGGAAGCAGAAGGCUGGGAGGUUCUGCUUGGUGAACAACAAGAAAAUGAGAAACAAAAAUGGCAGGAGAAUAGGACACUUCAGAGCAUUGAGGUUCAUGGUGCUUACAUCGAGGCAAAAGAGGGCUAUGACAUUGCAAUAGCCAGGCUGAGCCGUCCCGUGACCUUCAGUGACAGCAUCCGGGCCAUUUGUGCCCCAUACGCCAAACACCAGUUCCCAUUGGGCUCCACUUGCUGGACUCGCGGACGGAGUAUUGAGCCAGAUGCAAGUUGGCAGCGAGGGAAAGGGAAACUGAGUCCUCCGGGCGGCGUAGAGGUGAAACUCCUUGGUCCCAAGGCAUGUAACUGUGCCUACAACAAGACCAGUGAACAUGGAGAAGAGAUUCCCAUCACCUCUGAGAUGCUGUGUGCCACACCCUAUAAAUGGACCAUGCGCUGUGAGGCAGGCGUUGGAGACCCUCUGGUUUGCAACCACAAUGGGGUGUGGUUCUUGGCAGGAAUCUCCAGCUUUGGAAAGGGCUGUGGGACCGUGAUCCGUCCAGGGGUUUACACAUCAGUCAGGGCCUAUGAUGAGUGGAUCAUGCAGAAUGCCUGGUCAGCUUACUAUGCCGUGCCAAAGCCGCCUCUUCCAACGGCCAGUGAUGAAGACACUUGUCUGAUAUAACUUCCAGGUAAAUUAGACAACUAAGACAGUCUUGGGGAAAACAGAAUGGCUCUUUGGCAAGCCUAAUGGACCACAGUCUUCCCAAGGGCCUGAACUCUACCAUCCCUGUUUUGCAGUUUGAGAGGCAGACCAGCUUAGAAUGAUUGUGUAAGCAUGUAUGCAUAUCCAUAAACAUACACAUAUGUAUACAUCUGUAUGCACUGACCCAAGAGAUAUCAAGGCCUGGAAAAAAUUGAGACAAACCUUUUCUCAAUUUUUCCCCUCAUAAGCAACACUUUUUCUAUUUCUCUAAUAGGAAAAUGGAAAGGCUUGGGGAAUAUAGAGGAGAAUUGUUUUGGAAUUAUUGAAAUUCUUUUUAAGACAAGUGAAUCCUUUGGGUUAAUCCCAAAUAAGUAGAUAAAUUUAAUGAAUUUGGGGACAGAAAGUCAACACCUAAGUAAACUGCACUGAUUAAUGACUCUAAUUUUAGUUGGUACUAACUUUAAUGCCCUGUGUGAAAAACAUUUAAUUUUAAUAGAUCUAUUUUGCUGAAAUAAAUGAGUAAGUUUGCUCUGGCUUCCUUUUUUCUCUGCAGGAGCAGGUUAUAUGUAAAACACAGGCAAAAGGACAACACUAGAUAUGGAAGAGACCUGCACAACAAAAUUCUUUCUUCUUAUCUCAUUUUCUAUUUUUAAGAAAGCCCUUUAGGAAUAUGAAUGCUAGCUUCCAUCAUACAACCAAAUCUUGGGAAAUGUGCUAUUAUUAGAAUCAUAGAGUUGGAAGAAACCCUGGUCUCCAGAGUCAUAAUCCAACACUCGAACCACUACAAAAGAAUUCAGUUCUAUAUCCUCCAAACUAAGUCCACUUACAAAGACAUAUCUAUAUUGUACAAUGCAAAGAAUGUAUACAUAACAUUUACUUUCUUCCUUCAUGAAGCUCAGAGCACUCUAAUGACACCAAAACCCUUAAAACCAGUAAACAUGGUAGUUCCUGUAACUGAGACAAAUUUUGAACUUUGAUUUUCCAUGUCUGAGUAGGCCAUUUCUAGGCCACGUUUCACUCUGGUUCUCUUUAAGACCCAGCAGGGCAUUGUUACAAACAGAUAUUAGCUCUUCAGUCCAAAAUGUGAAUGGAUAGGAACUGGAAUCUUCUAGGCUCCCUCUGAUGAAUUGUGUCCAGACAGAUUUCUAUUAUUUUUAAUAUCAUAAAACUGACAGUUGUAUGGAUUGUUCUUGUUGUGUGUGUUCAAGUUGACUUGGACUUACAGAGAUCCUAUGAAUGAGACCUUCAAGAGAACGAAGUCAUGUGGGUUUAAUGAUCUCAGAAUUUCAUGGUACAAAUUAUGUGAACAGAGAAAAUGUUCUCAAGAGAUAAACUGAUGGUUUCUGUGCUGAAAUGGAUAAUACUGACAUUGCUAUUCAUAUGGAAAUAUUUUAACUGGCAAGUGUGAGAGCAGGCAUAGACCUGCUUUUGUGGAAUUUUAUCUCUAGGGAGAUCCAGCACCAUUUAAAAACCUUUCAUUAGGACAGGGAUUUCAUGACUGAUUUUUUAAAAAACUAUUCUUAAAUUAUUAUUUUUUUCAAUUUUAAUACUGUAUUUUUAAAUAUGUGUGUGUGUGUGUGUAUUUAUAUUCUGACACCGUAUAUUUAUUGUUAUAGCAUAUUUGUUUCUUCAAAUCUCUUGGAAAAAUUGUAAACAUGGGAUAUAAUGAUUAAAAUCACUGAGUAAACCAAG